GGGCACUCACUGUGCGUCAUUGUUCGGUCUCUCUCCCUUCAAAACCCUAAUUGUUCUCCAAGCUCUUCGUCUUAUGGAAUCAGAAAACUCCAAGGUGCAAUCGAUCUUGCUCUAUAAUCUUGUUCAUAUUCAUUAAUUUCUAAUUUCAUCAUCAAAGCCCUAAAUUUUCUUUCGCUUAUGAUUGCUAUCAUCCAAUAAUCAGAUGCAAAACCCUCCUGAAUUCGUUCCAGAAGAAAGUUGAAUAUAGUCCAAUAAUUUUUCAUGUUUUACAAGCAAAAUCCCAUCUUUUUUGUUCUUGCUGCAAUUGUAGACCAGUUUUAAUCUUUAUAGCAGUUCAAAAUUUCAUCUUUUUUCCCAAUUUUUGAUUUUUUUUGAAGCCAUGAAAUUGGUAUGGAGCUUCCUCAAUUGCUCCAAUGCAAGCCCUUUGAAUGCGAGAAUCCACUUGGAAUAUCUCUCAGAGAAGCCUUUGUUCUUCUUCAAAGCCAAUUGAAGCCCCCUUUCUCAUUGAAAAUUCCCAAUCCUUCAGAGUACUCACAACUCAAUCUUGCUAUAGUUUAUGGAAUUCUAACUCAACCCCAAUUAGCUAAAACUCAUCUUACUCACCUCCAUGCCAUUGUCACUGAUGGAUAUUGUUUCUUCACCUCCACCUUGAUCAAGUUAGUGAAUGAUUCUUUCCCUAGGCUUCUUGGCACUCCAAGAACUCAGCUUUUAUGGUUGACUUCCAAGUUAGUCGAUGUUUCUGCUGUAAAGAUUGAGGCUUUGUUGGUGUUGUUAUUGAGAUGGAUAAUUGGCGGUGAUUUCUCUGAACCAAAUUUAUGGUUGUGUGCAGAGCUUCUUAAGAUGUUCUUGGAUAAAUGGGAAUGGUUGUCUAAUGAUCCAUUGGUGCUCACAAGUGCAUUGUUUGCAUAUCUUCGGUUGUUGGCCGAUCACUAUAGGCUUGCAGGAGGUGUGAAGCUAGAAGCAUUGAAGCGGAUGGAGAUUGAUUUCUGUGUCAGAGUGUUGAGAGAGUGUUUUGGUUUGUGUUUAAAAAUUGGUCGUGACCUUGUUCGGCUUUUGCAAGAUGUGGUUUACAUUCCUGAGUUAAAAGAAUUGUGGAAGGAUUUGCUGUUCAAUCCUGAUGUGUUUCGAGUUUCGGGUUUUUCUGAUAUCUCACAAUUAUAUUGUGUGAGGACCCCGAAGCAUUAUUUCUUGCUGAGGAUCAACCCUGAGAUGGAAACCGAGUUGAGAUUUUUGCUUUCCUUUGUCAAAUGGGGGAGUCAGAAGAGAUACCAAGUUUGGUUUGCUAAGAAACACUUUUCUCUGCCGGGUAGUGAGACUGUCAUGGUCGACAUUGUUCGGUUUAUAUGUUGUGCUCACCAUCCUUCAAAUGAGAUCAUUCAAUCUAGUGUCAUACCAAGGUGGGCAAUAAUUGGUUGGCUUUUGAAAUGCUGCAGGAGAAACUACUUCCAGGCAAAUCUAAAGCUCGCAUUGUUCUUUGAUUGGCUGUUUUAUGAUGAGAAGCAUGAUAAUAUCAUGAACAUAGAGCCUGCAAUUCUUUUGAUUCUGAACUCUGUGCCAAAGUAUGUCGACAUUACUCACACCCUGCUUGACUUUCUGUUCUUGUUAGUGGACAACUAUGAUUUUAAUAGGAGAGAAAUGAUUGCUCGGUGUGUUUCGACAUCUUUCAGUUUACUGCUUCAGAAAGGUGUUGUUCACUCAUUCGAACCUCUGACUUCUUGCUGUUUGCUCGCUCCGCCAAUCCAUCAGAGACUUGCUAUCUUUAUAGCUCCUAAAUCAACAUUGAACUCGUUUGCCCCUCAAGUUAUUACUGAAGGAGAGGUAUUGUGAAGAAAAUUUACAGAGGACAUGACAUUCAAUUGAUCAAUCUAAGCAAUACUAUGCGUUCAUUGCUAAGCCAUUGUUCUUUGGCC